UGGCUGAUGAAAUUACUCUUAGGAUUUAUUUAUGAUUUUUGUAACUUUAAAAUUCUCUUCGUGAAAAGGUUAUUCUCAAGACAUGCCGACCGUAGACCUUAAGCGAGACUUGUUAUUCAAGGCCAUUGGAAAGGAGUACAGUAAGUAUUAUCGGUUCUAGUGUAAUGCACGUGGUAAGAUUUUCGAACAAAUUGAAGUGAAAUAUAAAGGAAAGUGAAAUAAAACAGGAGUUAUUUGUUCCAGCGGAUGAAGAGUUUGAAGAACUGUGCUUUGACUUUGGACUUGAACUGGAUGAAGUGGUGAGUAACAUCUGCAUUAUAUUCGUGCCUUGUAUUCUCCAUUUGUCAAAGAAAAACAGCCUUUUUAUGAGUACUAUUUGGAAUAACUAGAGUUAUCUGGGCUUCCUCUAAUGGACAGGGUGGCAAUUUGGUGUGCACGCUACAUUUAAUCACGGAUAAAAUUCUAUAGAGUGAGUUUGUCUAACAAACAAACUGAACAAAACCUGAUCUUGGAACCUUAAUGAGAAAUUACGCACACUUUAAAACAAAAAUCAAGUAAUCAGAUGAAUUUUAAAAUUUGUUACCAAAAUGUGUUAACCGUUCGUCACUACUCAGUCACGACAGGAGAUGGAUACUAGCAGCUGCUACCAGCAUAUACAACAUACCUCAUUUUGUUGUUGGUGUUGUUGUUGAUGUUGUUGAUGUUGUUUCUUUUUUUUCCAACAAGUUUCAUGAGUUGUGAUUCUGUAAUCCACACAGGUUGAGGAAGGUGAUGAAGGAGUCAUCUACAAAAUUGAAAUCCCAGCCAACAGGUGGACUACAUUUUAUUUUAAUUAUAAACAACUUCUGGACUACAGGCAUCAUGCUAGAUGUAGAAAGCUUCAAUCUAGAAACAUUUUUUUAACUGUUAUGCUUUUAAUUUCCUUCAUCCUUUGUAGUACCAAAAUAAAUAUGUGUCAAUAAUUUUUUUUGUUUAAUGUUGAUUUAAAUUACUCCAUUAACUUGAUUAUAAUUUGAUUACACAGAUAUGACCUUCUAUGUCUGGAAGGAAUUUCAAGAGGAAUUCAAGUUUUUCUUGGAAAGUGAGUUUAUUAGAGAAUCCUGUAAUUGAAUUGUGACAAUCACUCUGACGAAGGGCUAAGGCUUGAAACGUCAGCCAUUUAAACUCUUUACAGUGGCCAAUUUGCAUUUUCAACUCAGUUGAUAACACCAAAUUACCCUAUUGAAUUGUGACAAUUGUUUUGUUAAAAAAAUCCUUUAGUUUCUGCUGUGAGGUCAAUUCACUUAAUUCACUCAAUUGAUAAAACCAGCUUAUCUUGUUAUACUCCCACUGAUGCAGCACCUCUGACAGUCUCUUUAGAAACUCGCUCACUUUAUUAAUAUGUACCAAACCUUUCCGCAUUUAGUGGCUUUCCUUCUUUCCUUAUAUUUCAGGAUAAAAGCUCCUAGAUACAAAGCUGUGAAACCCAGUGGUUCUAUGCAGAGAUUAAAAAUCUCCAAAAAUGUAUGUAUUUUCUUCCCAGUCCUUUCUUGAUAUACCUAUAGGGCAUGUUGAGUCUUGUUUCAAGUUUUAAUUUCUUUCCAUGCUGAAAAUGAUUCUUUAGUUUAAUGUGAGUCAAUACACAUAAUGUGUAUAUUUUCCAACAUCACAAAUCGACUAAGUUGUACAAUAUAACAAGUUAUAGUGUUAUAAAUUACAGUCUAUACAUGAUAUAAUAUAAAAUAUUAUGGAGCCAUUCAACAUAGUUGUAUACGUGUGUAUAGAACAGUCUGUAAUCAAACAAAGGGUUUGUUUCACUCAACAGUAAAUCCAUUAAACCUAUGAUUCCUUGAGAUUACCUUUGAUUUUCACUGUUAAGCAGAAAGAGAAUUUAAAAAAAAGAUGUCCUAUUAGAGGAUGCUUUCAUGAUAAUUAUUAAACCACAGAAGUGAAAAGUAAGCUAAUUGGAAAAUGUGAGGUUGUCUGGUAAAGAGGAAAUUGUCAAGUCCUGGCACUGAAGGAGUUAAAUUUCCUACCAUUUUGGUCCAUUCUGAAAGGACAAACAUUACUUAGAUGUCAUCAAAAUCUGUGGAUUAUGUUAAAUGUUCAUUAGAAAGUUGGAACCCUCUAAUGAAAAACUUUCCUAAAAGAUCUCUCUUAGGAGAAUAGUCUAAUUUUCUUAGACUACCUUAUGACUUCAAGGAAAUUUUGCUAAGUUUUUGAAAAUACUAAAGAAUAUUGAAUUGCACCAAGAGUAGGCUUCUUUAUUUUUUAAUUACAUGGAGUGUAAUUUAAUUUGAAGAAGUGUGCUCCAGUGAUUGUAAAUUUAAGUGUGGUUCUUGAAACUCUUUUUGUUAUAUUGAGCAAGUGUUAUCUCUUGAUGAGUCAUUUUGCCAAACAUGUGAUGGCAAAAAGUUGAAGGGAUGUUUCUCUGUUUUUACAGACAGCUCUUGUCAGACCUCAUUGUGUUGCUGCCCUCAUAAGGAAUAUUACUUUCACUCAGGUAAUGUCAUUAUUAUUUCAUUUUUAAGUUUUUUACUCAGGCUUAAUAGAAUCAAUAAGCAACAUCAAUUUCAUACUUCAUCCUUCAUCUAUUUCCUGUUUAUGAAGAGGGUCACCUAUAAGCUUGUUCUCAUUAUAACUUCUUACACUCCAGGAAAGUUAUAACAGCUUCAUUGACCUUCAAGAUAAACUACAUCACAAUCUUUGUCGACGUAGAAGUCUUGUUGCCAUAGGAACUCAUGAUUUUGACACACUGCAAGGACCAUUUUUGUAUGAUGCUCUUCCUCCUCAAGAUAUCAAAUUUAUACCUCUUAACCAGGUGAGACAUGAUACAGAUUUAUUUACCACACUGUGAAAGAUUAUAUGGACUUAGUACCAUAGCUUAGACAAAGUGAUAUGAAUUUCAUUCAGUUAUUAUAAGGAUGACUCCUUACAUUUAACAAUUAGGUUAGAUUUAAAAUGGUUUUGAUGAAACACACUGGAUGAGAUUGUAUCUGUGCAUAUAUCUUUGAUGGUGUUAGUAGUGAAUUACACAGAUUAAGAUUGCCUUAAACCCAUUGAGGAUACAUGCUCCCUGCAUAAUUUAGAUUAUUUGUCGGUAGCAUUUUAGCUUAACUGGAACACUCACACCACAGGACUUCUGUGUUCCUAAAAUUAGAAACUUUAUGCAAAUAACCAAUAAAAUAUGUUUCAUUUUUUUUCAUCUCUUUGAAUACAAUAUAGCCUAAUGGGAAGUUACAUUGAGAUAUCUUUAUAUUGACCAAAUUUAAAACUGCAGAACUAUUUUGUUCAAAUCUAUUUAUGGUCUUGGGUAGUAUCUUGGGAUGUCUUGUAAAUCAAAGAACUCAUGAUGUAAAUGUAUGUACACUUUUUCUGCAUACUUGUUCAGUAUUUUAGCACUUUGAUGAUGAAUGUGCGCCUAAUAACCAAGAAACUACGGUACCUUUUCAUUAAAGGUUUACUACAUUUAAGAACAAGCUAAUGGCAUGUAAGUUAAUAAUAGUUUGAAUGGAAAAGCUGGCUCUAUAGCAGUAGAUUACUAAUAGUUUUGAGGUGAAUAUUUUUUAGCCAAAUGAGAAGCAUUUUUUCUCAUUGGCUGAAAAUUGAUUGAUUAGAAGGCAAGCAUACCUGUAUGUUCUCUUAGUCCAACUUAUUUUCUCUUAGACCAAAGAAUUUACUGCUGUUGAAUUGAUGGACUUGUAUAAGGUAGGAAGGAGCUGAAUACUCUCAAAAUCAAUAAUUUUUUCCUUCCCUCAAGGUCUUUUGGGGUUAAGUUGUUGGUUUGAUCUGCAUCAAGAAUUUUUUAAAUCUGUAUUACCUUUACAACUACAAAACUUGAAAAAUCCAGGGUUUAAUGUGCAAAAAUUGUGAUAUCUUCCAAAUUUUUAGGAAAAACAAUAAUUGUUUUUGUGGAGUGGAAGUCUAUCUUUACUUGUCUGUUUGCAAUAAGUUAACUGUUAUUUAUACUGUGAGACCAUUUUUUUGGCCUCCUCUUUUUGCUUGUGGUUAUUUAUCAUUUUGUUUAUUCUGUUUAAAGGGGGAAAGCCACUUGAAACAGUACCUGCCAAUCAUUCGGGACAAACCAGUUUAUCCUAUCAUAUUUGAUGCCAAAAGUGUUGUGCUGUCAAUGCCACCAAUUAUCAAUGGUAAGCUUCAAAACUGAUUUGAGUUGAUUUAAUUUCUUUAUACUGUAAUACAGCUGAUAUGUAGCCAAUUUUGAUGGUGCAUCAUUUAUUUGUAAGAAGGAAAAUUUGUUAAACGUCAGCUAUGAUUAACCAUGACCAAGGCAAAAACCACAUGUCUACCAGGAAGUGAUUUCACUUUCUCUUUGUUUAUACUUUAUAUUGGUAAUUGCUAAAAGAUUGGAUAUCAAAGGGGAUCAUUGUUUCAUUUUACACGUGUUAAGUUUUCAGUUAUAACCUUGAGGCUGUAUACUACUUGUGGAUCUGGUAACACUUGACUGGCCAUAGAAAUAAGGCACUACUCAAGACCCCUCUACAAGCUUGAGAAUGGUCAUGUUAUCUGAUAGAAUGAAAAAGGGGAUGAAUGUAAUGAUGUUACUUUUCACCCAUGCUGUAAAUGAAAAUUUUUCUGCAAAAUUUUGGAAAAAUUAUCUAAGCUUGGUGUUUUAAAAUACCAAAUAUUUAACCACAUGCUUCGUAUGUUAGGUGAACAUUCCAAAAUAACUCUCAACACAAGAAAUGUCUUCAUAGAAAGUACAGCCACAGAUCUUCACAAGGUAUAGUGCUAUUGCUGAUGAGAAUGAAUACAUCUGUGUUAAAAUUUAACAUGAAUGUAACUAAUGUACUUCUGUUAAUCAGGUGACCAUGAAUGUUUAUUUAAUAUUCAUGGCUCCCUGCAAUAACCAAUCUUUUAGUAGCAAGUUUACAUCCAUAAACCUAACCUUAAACUGCAAGAGACUUUAUUUAUUUUUUUUUUCUUUAUUUAUUUUUUUUGGCUGGUGUUUGUAUGAAAACAGAAUCAUUUCUCUUCAUUAUUAGGCUAAAAUUGUCCUGGACACACUUGUGACAAUGUUCAGUGUCUACUGUGAGGAACCAUUUGUGUAAGUGUACAAGAAGUAUUGUAGUUUAUAAGACAAAUUGCAAAACAGGCCCAAAUUACUUUUUCGAUCGAAAUGUGAUUUUUAAAGAACAAUAAGAUAAUUUUGGCCUACAAGCACUCUUUUGUAUAACAAAUAUUACACUGUAUCAGUCCUUCAGAUUUUUGCUAAAGUUCUAAUCUAAGAAAGAUGGCUAUUGAAACAACUUUGAAUUAUAGAUUUUUUUGUUUCACUUCCCUAAAAAUAUAUAGCAGAUCAUCUGCAGAAAAUAAAUACAGGGUGAUUCCACUGAUGUAAAGAAAAGUCUCAAGGGCAUAGUUUGGUUUGAUUUCCCUUAAAAACAAACAUUUUGACCCCAAAGAAGUGACUUUAGCUUCACUUAAGGUCAAAUUCGAUGGAUCUUCUGUUGACUCAAACUUUUUACAUUACUUGUAGGUUGAGUCAAUCUGUAGGUACAUUUAAGGAAUAUCAGAAGGCUUAGCUUAAGUGGUAGCUGUGAAACUGACUGGGUUUAUUUGACACUUUAAAAGGCCAAAAUGCCGUAUUACUGAGAUAUAUUUAAUUUGUUACCAGACCUUAAAUGUUAACCUUUUCUGUUCCAGGGUGGAAUCUGUUGAAGUUGAGCAGCCAGAUGGAUCAGUCCUUGUUUAUCCAGUAUGUUACAUAUCAAACUCACUUCUGCAUCAUAGCCAGUUUACACCACUCUAACCUGUCCACAAAUCUUUGUUCUCGUGUCCAUAGAACUAAAAAAAAUGAAAGCCAGCAAAAUCACCUGAAUAAGCUAUGGGCUACAUGUUGAGUUGAUCUUUUUUGACAUUUUGACAAAGGUGUCAGAUGACACACACAGCAGCACUGUUCAUUAGUCCUUUGUGUGAAAUUACAGAUGAUCAACGCGUUAGCUAACGCGUUAGCGAAAGAGCACUAACGCGUUGACUUCUUCGAGCCCACGCGUUGACAACGCGUUAGGUGGUUCGCUUAUCUUCGAACGGUACUGUACCUAAUCGAAUCUGUACUAAAAGUUGCCUCUGUUUCCUUUUCACACUAGGAACUUAAAUAUCGCCAUGAAGUGGUCAGUGUUGAGCAGAUUAACAAUAAAAUUGGAAUCAAGUAAGAUGUUAUUUUUACUCAGUUAUGUACAUGUAGCAAGAUAGCACACAGUUCUUAAAAUUAAUUUAUUGAUCUGAUUAAAUUGUUUCUGCCUGUUCACAGGGAAUCUCCAGAGAGAGUUGCAGAAUUGUUGACAAGGAUGUGCCUUCAAAGUGAGGUUACUGAUGGUGGGAAAAACGUCAAAGUAGAAAUUCCUCCAACUAGAGCAGAUAUCCUUUCAUAGAAUUUAUUUAUCUUGCUUUGAACUCUGUAGUUUUUAUGUCAAAGAAAUGUAAUGUACCAUAACCACAGUGUACUUCUGUUCAUUUCCAUAUACAUCCACAAUCUUGCUGAUUAAAUCUAUAUGUCUUGUGAUUCAUUUUCUUCCCACUUCUCAGCUCUGAUGCAUUUGUUGGAGAACGUUCUUCCGUGUAGUGCUGAUUACCGUUGGAAUCAAGUGCCAUUUUACAGCACCUAAAAAAACUCACUUUUGUCUUAUUACAUGACUUGGGCCUUUUAGAGUCUAAAUUUGCCAUCUCAAAUGUAAUGCAGCAAAAAAGGUGAAUAGUGUAAGUCCAUUGUCAAACCCUUGGGAUGUUAAAAGCAGCUUAAUGAAGCAAGGUUUGUAGCUCUUUGGUUACUCAUGUUAUUUUCUUGACACUUCACAAAUAUUAUCCAUGAGUGUGAUAUAAUUGAAGAUGUGGCCAUUUCUCAUGGAUUUAAUAACAUUGUAAAGAGAAUACCUCCAACCAAUACUAUUGCUAAUCAGGUAAGAUGAGCAAAACUUCAUGUGACCUCUCUAAAUUGGAAUGAAUUUGAUAAUUAGCUUACUUGGUUCACGAAUCCUUUUUCUAUCUUAAAUUUAUACACCUGCAUAAGGAAAUAACAUUUUCAGGUUGCAGAUUGAUAGGUUGUAGAUCUUUGAUUAGAGUAAUCAAUGUAUAAUUGAUAUAAGUUUCUCAAUCACUUUUUUUAAAGUUUUAUGUCAGUUAAUUAGUGUCCUCAAUUAGUUGUUCUGAAAUAAUUUUUUUCCUUUUUUUUUAAUCCAAGUAUACAUUUGUCAGCUCUUGUUUACUAAAUCAUUGUGCAUGUAAAUAUAAUGUAGGUUAGGAAGUUACAGUCACAGUCGUUGCAAUCAUUUUGAUCAGAAAGCAGAGAACCCGGGGUGAUUAACUACUGCAGCACCAAAAGUUUUGUUACUUCUUUUGCAGUUCAAGUUGAACACACUCUGUGAUCUGCUGAGACAAGAAAUAGCUCAAGCGGGCUUUACAGAAGUUUUAACCUUCGCUCUGGUAAGAGAUGCUUUUUUCCCGGAUAGCUUUUCCCAGCGAUUUCAAUACGUUAUGUUUGUUUGCUGUGUUUGUGAGUUUUGCGUGGCUCAAUGCUUCUGUUUAUCAUCAUCAGAGAAGAAAAUAAUUCUAAUAGAACUCAAUUUGGCUCUUGCGUUCUUUACGUAAAUACUUUUGUCAAUUCUUAUAAGAAAAGUGACACAUCAACCCGAAAAGUCAAUGUUAAAGACCUCUUCUCAGAAUUGGCUUUUGUUUGAAAUCCUUGGCUGUAAUUUCUCUCAAGUCCUAACGAUCUCUCUCUUCUUUUUCCAGUGUUCCCGUGAUGAUGUUUCGGAGAAACUCAAGAAGCCUUUGUCGUCUUCAAAAGCUGUUCACAUCGCAAAUCCAAAAACACUGGAAUUCCAGGUUUACUAUUUUUUCUUUUCUUUUCGUAUGGAGUUAAAAUCUUUAAUUUUCUUUAUACAUGUAUUUUAAAAUUACGAUUAUAUUUUUUUGUGCGAGGAUCUCGCCUUUAAAUCGGUGAAUUGAAAAACCUUCGGUGUGUAAGCGGAGGAAGAUUUAGAAGUUAUUUCGUUUUGUUCCUCUUUGUCGUUUGUUCUUGUUAUUGUGGCCUGUUUUAAAAAACUUAGCAGUGAAGCAGAAUUUGGAUAGGUGGAGAUAGCGACCUGAUCACGUGCGGUCUCUUAUGUCUUACACCAGUUAUCUUUGAGUCCUCGUGAUAUUUUUCUUUUCUCUGAUCGGCUGCAGCUAGGUUUGAAUCUUCUGCACUCAUCAAUAAGCACUCUGACCAUUUCAAUUACUUACAGGUUGCAAGAACAACACUUAUUCCUGGCAUCCUAAAGACCAUUGGCUGUAACAAGAAGAUGCCUCUCCCAAUGAAACUGUUUGAAAUUUCAGACGUGGUACACAGCGAUGAUCAGAAAGGUACAGUGCGAUUUGUUGGUGUUCUUUGCACGACUUAUGCACUCACUACUUAAUUAAAUAUUAUUUAAUUGCGACUGAUAAACAAAAAACGAAAUAAGCCUCGCAGUAAAAACGCAAUUAAAUAAAGCAUAAAAAGAAGCCUGAAAAAAAGUUAGACUUUAAUAGGAUUCGAGCUAAAACCUUUCCGAUAACAAGUGAACGUUACUAGCAACAUAUUUGGCACACUUUUUACAGUAAUACCUUGUCUUAGUCACUCGAUUAAGCAAAAAGCUAUUCAAAAUUUUGUCUUCGGUGGGUAUGGACAAAAUAACCAAUGCUCCAUGGCUCUUUUUUUCUUUUUCAAGAUGUUGGAGCUCGAAAUCACCGUCGUUUCUGUGCCGCGAAUUACAACAAGACGCCGGGAUUUGAGGUAAGGUCACUGUCGCUGUAAGGGUAAGGUGCUGAUUGAUUAGGCACGCGAAGCUACGUUAAGCAAGCCUCGCGGUAUUUCCAGCACUUUCCCUCAAUGUCCAUCUGAAGUUCGUUUGAGAUCCCUUUUAGUUACGCCUUAAGUGAAGGUUUUACCUAUCUCCAGGUCAUUCAUGGUUUGUUGGACCGCACCAUGCAGCUCCUUGAAGUACCGUACACAGAGGAUAAAACGUCAGCACACGGAUAUUAUCUGGAGGCUCAUGCAGGUAUCUGUGUUACUCCCUAAAACUACAAUUGAUAAAACAAAAUUAUCCAUGAAAUAUUUUUUAAACGACUGAAUGUCUAACUUAUUGCCUAGGUAACUACCUUAAAUAAAGAUGUAUGUUUGUUUAUUCGCAAGCUGGUUCGCACGUUCAUUAAUUUAUUCAUGUGAUAAUUUUUCAGAUGAAACCUUCUUUCCUGGUCGAUGUGCGCAGGUGAUCGUUAACGGAAAGCCCAUCGGCAUCAUGGGAGUAUUACACCCAGAGGUUGUCAGCAACUUCGAGUUGAAUUUACCAUGCGCAGUGCUCGAACUGGACGUGGAGGAGUUCCUUUGAGGGAAUCAGUAAUUACUGAAAUCAAUAGCUGAGUUAUUCAAUAGUUAGCUGCCUGAGGCUGCAGAGAAAAAUGAAUUUAGGAAAUAUUUCUGAAGUCAGAGAAUUGCCCACUUGCUCAUUCAAGUAUGCUGAAACACUUGAAUUUGCAUAACCUUGGUGAUGAAGCUUUCUACUUCCUGUUAAGUCACAUUUUAUUUAGAGCCGUCGCUCUCCAUGCGAUUUGACCAGUAACUGAAUAAUGCCCGCUAUCUCAUUAGUCGUUUCCUCUAAUUUACUCCUCUUGUUUUGACCAUACUGGCGCACAAGUCUGAAAGUUUUUGCUAGAUUUUUUCCGAUUAAGAAAGUGAAGGUUUAGAAGGCUGGAGCUGAGUAGGAGCUGUUUAGAGGUGGAAAAUAAAACAGCUCAAAUAUCUAAAAGUGCUUAAACUGAAACAAAUCGAAAUUUUGCUUAGUUUGCCGGUCUAUUCGAAAAAAGAUCGAUUUCAUUUAGCCGUUUGCCUGCUCAGUUAUAAAUCAGAAAAGGUGUGAGCAACAAUUAGUAAUGCGCUCGCCUAUGGCCUCCGUGCUUCCUGUUAGUUCUCAAAUCAUUUUAACGUCAUCUGUGUCUCUAACUUACUGAUUGAAUAAGGUGAAAAAGGAAUCUAUUUGUGAAAUAGAUUCGGCUGUCUGCCUACAUUAAUUUUCAAGAGCUCAAGAAGGUCACCCUAAGAUAAGUUUACUCCGUACUGUGUGUUUUAAUUAAAAAGUUUUAACCAAGAAGCUAUAGUAUUUCAAUGCACAAAUUCCAAGACAGUUAAAAAAGGUCCGAUGUGUUGAAUAGCAAGGCCCCAGAGGAAUGUCGGAUCUCUUCCUAGAUCAGCAAAUUCCAUCACUGGUUCCCAUACCACUCUGCUGCAUCACUCUUCUGUACAUUUAACGCCUCCAUUGCGCCGAUUACCUUAACAAAACUAAUCUUAUUAUAACGGCCUAAAUUUUGUUUGUGUCCAUGAAGGAGAAGAGAUCUUGACAGACCUUUUUUCAGGCACUAUGAACAAUUAUGAGCAACUUAACGUGCCGAUAAAUCCCUCACUACAAUAGCUGUUUUUCGUAAGUAUAUAUGUCGUGAGGGUGAAGAUGAACUGCAUUUUUCAGUGUAGGAUUAUAAAAAUGAAAAUAAACAAAAUUAAUAGGAGGUUUGUUUUAGGGAUUUAUUAUUAACCGCAAAGGUCAGAUGGAAAAAAAACCCGUG